AUGGACGACUUUUCCAACCGCUUUCAUAAAGCGACCGUAUCAACAAUAACCGUCCCUAUGGUCAUUAUCGCUUUUCCUCUUUUGAAUGCAUACAAAUUUAGCGAAACUGAAUAUACAGGUGUAAAAAUCGUUGACAGUGCUAUAGGUGGUUUAUUAGGCGUUGUAGGAUGGCCAUUAUCACCUUUCGUUGCAUUCUGGUCUGUAUACCAAAACUUAUUUAUAGAAGAACCUAGCAAGUCUUCCGAAGUAUCUUCAGAGAUGAAGAGCAAAGUUAGAAGAGCAAUGGGAAUGGAUUGCGAUAACUUUUACAAUAUUGCCGUGGUGGGUGCAGCAGGAACGGGAAAGAGUUCUGUGGUGAACGGGAUCUUAGGCUACCCGGAUACGGAUCGAUAUGCUGCUGCGACGCAUGAAAGUGACAACAUCAACUAUGCACAUAGCCAAGAGCCGAGAGGUUAUCGUCAUCCUGAAUUAAGGAGGAUGAUCUUGUGGGAUAUGCCAGGUGCAGGUACCACGGACAACAAUGAAACUACGUAUUUUGACGAUUACUAUCUAAAAGCAUUUGACUCUUUGAUCAUUGUCACAGCAGAACGGUAA